CAUUUGUAUGUUCGUGUGAGCUCUGUGUGAUUUUGAAAAAAAAAUAUAAUAAAAUAAAUCAUGAGUCUGGAGGAUGAAAGUUUUCCCGCCGAUGAGCUAUUUGAUAAGCUGAACGCCCGGCAAAACACAAGCAACUUGCAACGGCAAUACAGCUUCUCUCUGAACCUCGACGAGGCCGAUAAUUUUGAGCGCGGCGCUUCGCAAUUUUUAAACAGCUCGGAGAACACGUGCGCCAGUGAUCCCGUGGGACUCCACCACGCAGACAACAAACAUGAUAACAACAAGGCUAAUAAUGAAUGUGAGGACGACGAAGGAGCCUCGACGCAUCCAAAGUUGGGCAGUGAACGCAGUAGCAAGGCCGUAUCCUAUCAGGACAUACACUCGGCAUACACGAAGCGGCGCUACAAGCACGUGACCAGUAAGGUGCGCAAAUACAUUAGGGAUCUCGAUGAGCAGGCAGCAAAGCAGCCUCGCAAUCCAUCGAACACGUUUCAACGGCAUCGUUCCAUGCCCGAAUCGCUCACACAGGCCAAGCUGAACGACGACGAAUCGAUGUCAACGGCGCACAGCAGCGAAGCGGACACAAAUACGCGCGACGAGAGCUUUGAGCGCCUCAGCAACGAAAAGGACACUCUGCAGAUGUACAACGAUUUCCUGGAGGCCCGCCUCAGCAAGAAGUCCAACGAUCACAUCCUCUUGCGUCGCAACUUUGAAUCGGUACGCACCGAACUUACCGAUUGCAAGGAUAAGCUCAAGCGACUAUCGUCCGACAAGCUUGCCGCGUCAAAUGAUGGCCGCUCCUUUUUGCCGACCAUCUACGGCCAGCCAAGCAGACAGUGCGUGGCCAAGGCGACCCAAACCGAUUUGCCGCCGCUGCUGUUGCACACCGUGCACAUUUUUCGCUUCUCCGAUAUGCCGGACAUACCAGCAAUUGCGGCGAACGCAACUCCACAGCCACAUCCCAAUUGUAAUUUGACUGACAUCACGUUGGGCAGCAGCGUUGGUUCUACUGAAUUACCUAUGCUCAAUAUGUCGCCGGCGGCUCGCAGGCUUCACUUGCAAGAUUUCAUCAACGACGGCGCCCAACUGGAGGCUAACGCAAUUGCAAGCAACGAUGGCGUUGACUUUGGCGUCAACUUGCCGCCAACCAGUAGCAAUCGCCUCACUGCUACAACAACAACAACUAACAACUGGGCCAGGAGCGAUCCGAGCAGCAAUGACUCCGCCAUCGAAGUUGAUCAACAUGGCACCAACAGCAGCACCAGCACUCAGAUCGAAAUUACCGGGCUGCAUUUAGACCGAAGGCGGAAGUCGCUGGCUUCUCGCAUUUUGUUGCGUCUAUUUGGGCCGUGUGCCCGUUGCAGUGAUCCCAACCAUACAUUAGAUGAGAUAGCCGAUAGCAAAUAUAUGCUUAUGGCGCGUCCGACUGGCAAUCUUUUGCGUUAAUUUCUGUUAUUUAUAAUAUUUAUUUAUUGCACCGUAAAAUUUUUACGCGGGCGUUUUCAAAAGUUUGCGUUAGUUCAUUUAUUUUUCUUUUUUUUUUACCUUUCCAAUUGUUGUAAAAAAAUAUUGUACUUUUACGUUUUAGUCAGUUUUGUAAGUAUUUAUGGAAUUUAUGUAUGCCAUGUAUUCGAAAUAUUAAUGUGGAUAGGCAAUCGGCAAAAUUGCCCCAAUAUUUGUAAUAUAACGCCCGUUGAAUUUUAACGCUGGCGUUUUCAAAAUUUUCCGUUUAUUUUUUAACCAAUCCAAUUGUAUGUUUUAAUCACCUUUGUAAGUUUACAUUAAAUUUAUGCAUGCCAAUUA